AGAGACAGGGAAGCCGGCGCAUUGCCUCUCUUACGCUCCAGAGUCCUGCAGGAGUCCUGCAGGAGUUUAGUCUGCUCCUGCUGCUGAGAGCUGAGGAUCCUGGACGUGCUGCUGAUCCCUCAGCGAUGACUGACAGAGGCGAUCACACGCUGGCUAUUACACCUCAGAGCUCAUGACACUUUUUUCAGUGAGGAUUUGGAUUUUGUCUGCUGCUUGAAUGCUGGGAAAAAUGCACUCCAGAGCAAAGUCACGGAGUUGUGACAACUACCUGAGUAUUAAGGACACUGAGUCUUUGGACAGCUGUAUCCAGAGUACGUUGUCUGCUGUCUACCGCCCCUUCAGUGCCACCGCCAUCACCGUCCUAUGGCAGCUCUUCAGUGUAGUGGAGAGGCAGUAUAGAGGAGACGGCCUCCACUGCUUCAUUGACUUUUUGCUUCCUGCCAAGAGGAUCCUGCAGAUCAUCCAGCAAGAAAGUUGUGUUCGGUUCCGAGGUUUGCUUUUCUACCAUGAGGGGUGGCCUGUCUGCAUCCUUGAGAAGGUCGUCCUGCAGCUGGCCCCUCUGCACAAAGUGCGACUAAGACAGGGAGAUUUCUACCUCCAGAUAGUCCCUUUAGGUCGCAAGACUGCCAAACUUGUGAUAAAAUGCUUAUCCGCCAGUGGACAGGCCAUUGCAGAAAUCCCCAUCGCAGAGAGCAUGUAUGGCAGCGUCUUCACGCCUGAGUUCCUGCAGAAUGUAACACUUGACCGAAACCUGCACCCACUUCAGAACUGUCUGCUUACCACCGGUACAGCUGUGUACAGGACACCGUGGAAGAACGUGGUCAACCCGCUGUUUGUCACCAGCACGGCAGACGCCAUCAUGCAGGCGCGGUGCAGCCGAGGCGGAUUCCGUGGCCAUCUGAGCACCUGCAGCACCAGCGGAUCCACGGGGACACUGGACAGCCACCGCAGUUCCAGAGAGUCCCUGCACUCUCAGGGAGCUGACUCCAUAUUCUCUGAACCCACUUCACCAAACACUGACAGCAGCACUGUCAUGUCUCCACAGGACACAGGUAUCCAUCUAACUACGACCCACAGCGUUUGUGCAGCAGAUUCUGCUGUGCCAACUGCAAAAAUUGAAAAAACAACUGAAGAACGUGGACUUAGAGAAGAAGGUGAGGACUGUGCUGGAGGAGAGGGAGGGUCAGGCUCAAAGAUGCUCUCUUUUACCACAGACCUCAGCAACCCAGGGCCCCGCCGCCGGGUACCGAGGGACUCUGUAGCACUUGAGAGUCGGAGACUUUUCAGGAAAUCGUACAUGGAGGCCCUACAAAACCCCAUGAACCUUGGGUCUAGCUCUGAAUCCAUCCUGGAAGAAACCCCUGAGCACAGUGGAGUCCUAAAGUGCAAAGAGGGACCCGUGACACCCGGUAGCAGUCCUGACACCCGGACCUCGCCAAGAGAGCACAUAUCUCGGAGGUUGGGUGGCAGAGGGUGGCUCAGUGGUGAUGACUCCAGACCCAGCACACCUUUACUCUAUUUACAGAGGGGAUUACGGAGUGCUGAAAGACGAGCAGAACGGCGUUCCAAGUCACUGGAGAGGACUAGCAAGGCGGCCCAAGUUAAGGGCCACCGGGAGCGAUCCUCUUCUGGAGGUCCAGGUAGCAUUUCACCCAAAAAGCUGAUGAAUGGAUACACCCUUCGUUUUGCCAAGCUGGAUCUGGAUGCUGGGUUUUCUGCAUGUGAAAGAAGAGGCAGCAAAGAGGAGUCAGAGCAGCGUGAUGACGGUGUCAGCAGUGACAGCAGGCGGCAGCGGAACGGAGGAGAAACUCUCAAACCCACCAACAGGACAGCCGUCAGGUUGAUGACCUCAGUGUCAGGAUCUACACACGAGAGUAACUUACGCCUUCCCAAACGGUUGUCAGAGGUCAAUCAGGAGCUCCUUGCUUCAGGAGCUGUGAUUUUGCCAGGAAACCGAGAUCGCAGUGGGAGGGCGGUGUUACAGGUGUGCACCAGGGCUCAGGUGUGGGCAGAUGAGAGUUGUACAGUCAAUGACCUCAUCUGUUUAUUGGGCUACUACUACUCCACACUGCGGAGAGAGAGACGCGGUCACGGUCUGACUGUGGUAAUCGACAGCAGGAGGCAGCAGCCUGUUCCGGCUCUUUUAUCGUCUCUGUCUGAACUGCAGGCAUCAGUACCAAAUGCACUUUACACAGUUCUUUACCUGGUGGACAAGGAGGCAGGAGCCAAACCUGAACAAGACUUCAAUGUCCAGUUUGAAGCACUGACAUCUCUGAAGUCGCUGCUGAAACACAUCGACCAAACUCAACUCACAGGAGACCUGGACGGUUCUUUCCAUUAUGACCACAACCACUGGAUCCACUUCAGACAGAAAAUUGAACCCUUUGCCAGCAGUUGUAGUGCAGCUAUCUCAUCACUUCAGGAGUCUAUCUGCACCCUGAGUAACAGCAGGAACCUGAAGACCUCUAAGGAGGUGUAUGAAAUGAUGGAACAGCAGAGGCACCUCAUGAAUUGUGUUCUAGAUGACAGUCAUCUAAACAGAUUGCGUCUGGAAGGGGGUACCGUGCUGGCACGCAUCAGGAAGGAAGAGACGUGCGAGAACAAGAACUACAGGGAUGCCCUCGACAUGUUGACUGCAUUGUACAACCAAGUUGAUGAGGAGGUCCAUAAACUCGUGAUUCUGUCCAAUAAAUCUCAAAAAGACUUGGAGAGUCUGCUGGAGGUCUUCAGCUUUGAGGAGCAAAUACAACAGAUCAAACUAUGGUUCGGUGUAGAGGGAGAAAAGCAGCUCACACCUUUGGAAUCUUUGACUUUGUCUUCUGAUAAAAUAAAGGAGAUGAAAGAGAGCUUGGACCAGUUUAUGGAGGAGUCAGUGCAGCAGCAGCGGCACGGCCUGCAGCUGGUCAAAGAGGCUCCAGAAUCCCUCCCCAGCUCUGUCUUCCUGGACUUCAAACAGCAUUUGGGUUCCACUUUAAGCAGAAUGGAGAGACGAAAGUCGCAAUUAGACAUUCUAACCAAUCUGUAUGAAUUUUAUGACUCAGUCAAUCACUGGAUGGGGCAUUGCCAGGACUACUUAUGCCAGUUGGGCCUGGAGGACACUGGUGUCGGCCUUUCACCCGCUGUGAUACAGGUACUCCAGGGUUAUUGCACUGAGGCCUCCAAGUUCUCCAUGGACAACUUCAGCACCCUCAAUGACAUGGUGCUGUCCCUGGACAGUCCUCAGCAGCUGCAGCAGUGGAACACGCUGUGGCACAAAUGUCAGCAAACAAAGCAGCAGCUGGAAGAGACUUUGUCCAAAGCUGCGAUAGCAUCUCCUAAAUCUGCAACAGUUAUAAUGGAUAUGUCGGCAUCUUUAAAAGAAAACAAAUGUGACACAACAGAAGCACAUGGAGUUAAUGGAUGCACACAUUUGCCUGAUGUGCCCAUGUACUCUGCCAAGGCACCAUUGACUUAUGAGGACUCAAAGCCCCAUUCUGCUAAUUCAUGCUCCUCUUCCUCUCAUUUUCCUUUUCCUCCGGAGCGUGACAGCAUAGGGAGGAAGAGUCCAUCCCUCUUUGACGACACAGAUAGCGACUGCACCGUCGACUCGACCAUAUCCUGUCACUCAGAGCCUAUCUACUCCACUGCCACUCGUGUCCGCAAACAGCCACUGAAGAAGAUCAUGAAGAAGACCAUGAGCUAUGAGCUGUCCCCACGGGAUGGCAGCCACUCAGAUGCCAGUCACAUUCAUGGUUAUACUGGCGUGUACAUAAAGGGUCUAGAGGUGGCCAGUAACGUUUCCAUGGAGAAUAAGCUGCACAGACCAAGUGUGAUGACCACCCCAUUCGGACACAGCCGCAGCUUGUCUGCACCCUUCAGGAUCCAUAACAGACACAGCGACGGAGACUGCAAGAAACAGAGCAGUAAAAUCCAACACAUCAUGGAUGAGAUGAUUGCUACAGAGAGGGAGUAUGUGCGGUCUCUUAGCUACAUUAUUGAGCACUAUUUCCCAGAGAUGGAGCGCCUGGACUUGCCGCAGGACCUGCGAGGAAAGCGCAGUAUCAUUUUUGGGAAUGUGGAGAAACUAUGGGAUUUCCAUAGUCAGUACUUCCUGAAAGAGCUGGAGUCAUGUGCCCACUCGCCACUGUCUAUCAGCAGCUGUUUUCUCAGACACGAGGAUCAGUUUGGAAUGUAUGCUCUGUACAGCAAGAAUAAGCCCCAGUCCGAAGCCUUGCUCAGCAGCCACGGAAACGAAUUCUUUAAGAAUAAGCAGGUGGAACUCGGGGACAAGAUGGACCUUGCAUCCUACUUGCUGAAGCCCAUCCAGAGGAUGAGUAAAUAUGCUUUGUUACUGAAAGAUCUGAUCAAGGAGUGCAGCCAGUCCCAGGAGCAGGAACUUACUGAUCUUCGCACUGCAGAGGAGAUGGUCAAGUUUCAGCUUCGUCACGGCAAUGACCUGCUGGCUAUGGAUGCCAUUCGGGGCUGUGAUGUGAACCUUAAGGAGCAGGGUCAACUCCGGUGUCAGGAUGAGUUCAUAGUCUGGUGUGGACGCAAGAAAAACCUCCGCCAUGUCUUCUUGUUUGAAGACCUAAUCCUCUUCAGUAAGACCAAAAAGAUUGAGGGAGGAUAUGAUAUUUAUAUCUACAAACAAUCCUUCAAAACAGCAGAGAUAGGGCUGACCGAGAAUGUCGGUGAUAGCGGCCUGCGUUUUGAGAUCUGGUUCCGUCGGAGGAAAUCUCAGGACACUUUUAUACUCCAAGCCAGCUCUGCAGAGGUCAAGGCUGCAUGGACGGCCAUCAUCGGCAAAAUCCUCUGGAGGCAGGCACUCCGAAACAGAGAAUUACGUAUGCAGGAGAUGGUGUCGAUGGGGAUUGGAAGCAAACCUUUCAUGGACAUCAAGCCGAGCAAUGCGGCUAUCAGUGACCGAGCCAUUGACUAUAUUAUGAAAGGGUCAGAGUCUCGGACAAGAGCGUCCAUCGCUGUGCCCUCCUUUGAUUAUGCCAGUACAUUCAAAAGACCUCAUUCCACCAUCUCCAACAGCAGCACCUCCUCCUCCAGCAGCCAGUCCUCCUCCUCGCUUUUGGGCUCACUUAAUCUCCACACUCUCUCCUGUUCCACGCUGUCUCCCCCACACACGUACUCCUCCACCGGUGUUCCCUCAUUUGGCCAGUGGCCCUACGACUGCAUAGAGGAAGACGAGCUGGAGCAGGAUACAGGAAGCCAGCCCUCUAUGAUUACUGAGAGUUCGGAGACAUCUUCGCAGUGUACCUCCAGUGAGAGUGUGACGGGGCUCAGUACCCUCACUAUACCCGAUCGUUCUAGCACCAUCUUGGACUCCUUCAACAACAAUGAGCCCUCCUCCUUCUUGUGCAGCUCCACACCUCCUUCAUCUUUGGUGUCUCCUUCAAUAUUCCAGAAAGAUGAAGACCUCCAACCCCAGGGUGCCAAAUUCAUCACAGCACGCAAGACCUCUCAUAUAGCAGUAGGCCUCUCUACAGUGGUUUGACUGAGGGGGUUUUAGCUCACUGUGAACUCACCGAAAGCUUCUUAUUGCCACAAGUUUAUAUAUUUGUGACCAGGAGAUGUUCAUGAGAGGAGAGAUUUCAGCAUCUGCCUGAAGACUAACUGGAACAUUUCAUUCUGAUCCUGUAAUAUACGCGUCUCGACGGUACGUCAAGUGGUCUGUACAUUUAGGUAUGAAUCAGUGUUUAUAUUGUAGAUGGCUUUUUAUUGUGUAUUUUACAGCAGAAAACAGUAACAGACAAUGUUGCUCUUUUUACUUUGUUCUCAGUUGUGUUAUGACAAAUUUGUAUAGAAGAAUAAAAUUUUGGAAAUAUGC